AUCAUCGCAGCUUUGGCUGCUGGAGCCAUGGCACAGGGCAUCAACUGUAAUGGAAGCUUGCAAUGUGGCAAUACCGGAGGCCGCACUACGGACAUCCUUAACUCCGUCCAAGGCAUUGACACUGGCCGCACGUACCAAAACGGUGAACACAUUGCUUGCUGGGAAUCCUCUCUUGGAACUGGUAUCUGCGCUUUCCUCCAGGGCACUGGUGGCAUCACCGGAGACCUUAUCAAGGAACUUGUGCAAGACAUUGUCAAUCACGGUUGCACUGUUUGCGGAAGCGUUCCCGUGUUUUUCAACAGCGGUGAUAACAACAUUAACGACCAUGGCGAGCUCACCAUCAACUACGUU